AACAUGUUUGAAAUGUUUGCGCAGCUGGCAUAGACAGACCAGAAAAAAACAAGCUUUAAAAUAUAAUCUGAACUCAGUCUCACCUCACAUUUUCACAUCCUGUUUACGACUUGGGCGAGUGAGACAGGUAUAAAACGGAAGACUACAUAAGAUUGAAAGACAAACAACUAUCGAUUUAACAUCACAACUCGAUCAGUUUGUUACGCAAGACGAUUGUUUUGCAGUCACAAAGGGGAAAAAAAAUUAACAGCCUAUUCUAAAUAAAAGAAACGAUCUCGUUGCACGAUAUUUUUCAUCUACCUGGAGAGAACGACAGCUCACCUGUUGAGAGACGUUUACCGAGGAAACCACCUGUAUUCUUGAUCCAGUUUGUUCUGCUGUUCUUAAGCUGUCUGAACAUGGUUCCUUGUCUUCUGUGUGUCAUUGUGGUUCUGGUAGCUUCUGCGUCUGCUCGAGAUGAGCCAUGCAAGGAAGGGAGGGUGAGCUGCCAGGAAGCCUACAGGACCUGCACAAAUUCUCUCGGAGGUGUCUACUGUUGUAUGAGGGGAUUUGUCAUGUACAGGAUCGGUUACAGCGUCAUCAACGGCCAAAACGUUGUCAACACCUGCAAGUGUACCAAUGGGGGCAGCGGCGACUUCGCGGUUUCCUUCACAGGGAGGAUCGACACGACCAACCUCAGUCGCAUAGUCACAAUGGCCAGGAACAACAGAGAAAUCACAAAAGACUUCAUGGGCAACUUUAACUACAGGGACAACGAAGGCAACGAGGUCACCAAGAGCAUGCUUGGCAACGUGGUCUACAAGGACAACCAUGGCAAUACGAUCAACAGUGACUUCAUGGGCAACGUGAACUUCCGGGACAACGAGGGCAACACAAUCAACAGUGACCACAUGGGCAACGUAGUCUUCACAGACAACAGGGGCAACCUGGCCAGAAAGGACUUCAUUGGUAACGUGGAUUACACGGACGACGUCAACAGGAUCACCAACGUGAAUGACGCGUGCAGACAUUACGGCAGCAACGUAGUUAUCAACAACGGCAACCAGAACCCGACGGGCACUAAUGAUUACUGGGCCCAGAUUGCGGACCGAUGGAUGCAGUGGGGUCGGCAGUUUAAAGGAAAGAUGGAGGAUUGGAAGAAGCGCCUCGAUCAAAAAGUCGACCUCAAAGUGAAAGGGAAAUGACUCACGCAUUCACGUCGGUAAUUGUUGUGCGACGAGGAGAGAAUCUCUUCCCGACACAGUUCUUCUGAGCAAAAAUAAAAAGGAGCGAGGGACCCAAGCAUUGAACUCUAGCUUGACGCGACGCUCGAUGUGUAUUCAACGUGAGCAAGAUUCACACUGCUGAUAUCUGACAACAACAACAAUGAUUAAACUAUUUGCUCCUAUCCA